CCUGCUAAAAAUCAUGCAUGAAAUGCAGCUUCUUGUUUCGAAAAUUAUAAGUGAUUUAUUUUGUCACCUCUCAUGGAUGAACUCAAUGAAUUAAAUACAGUGUAGGCUACUAUAUAGGGUACUAUAUAUUGUGUUAUGUUUUUAUAUUUAAUGCAAGACCCACGAGAGUGACUGGGGAAGAGUUCGAUGACUGACGUCAGGAGAAGCCGAGAGGAGCAGAGGCAGCGAGCGCAGACCGAUAUCGCCAACGUUAACACACAACCUGCACCGGUGCGCUUCACUAGCAAAUUAAACUGCUGCGUCUUUUACAACUUCUCCACCAUAAACACAAUACUGUUACAACAACGGAACGACAUCGGAGAGGCUCUACGCGACGCGAUGAACCACAACAGUACUGUUAACCAGAACGUCAGUCUGCCCGCUCCAAACAGCGGCUCGGGGAGCAUUGUGGAUGAGCUGGUUAUCACCUCCACUUUCGGGACCUUGUUGUCGGUCGUCUACAUAGUCGGCGUGACGGGGAAUGUGUACACUCUGGUAGUGAUGUGUCAUUCUAUCCGCUUCGCCACCUCUAUGUACAUCUCCAUCAUUAAUCUAGCGCUAGCGGACCUCCUGUAUCUCUCCACCAUCCCGUUCGUGGUGUGCACCUACUUCCUCAAAGACUGGUACUUCGGAGAUGUGGGCUGCCGCAUUCUCCUCAGCCUGGACCUGCUCACCAUGCACGCGAGCAUCUUUACCCUCACUGUGAUGUGCACGGAGCGAUACCUGGCCGUCACCAAGCCCCUGGACACGGUCUGGCGCUCCAAGAGCUACCGCAAAGCCCUGGCCUGGGGGGUCUGGCUUCUCUCCCUUUUCCUCACCUUACCCAUGACGGUCAUGGUCACCGAGACCACCAAGAGCGCGCCCGACGGAGCAGUGAAGAGGAUGUGCGCGCCAACAUGGGCACCCCGGGCGUAUAAGAUCUACCUGACCGUUUUAUUUGGCACGAGCAUCGUGGCGCCUGGGUUGAUUAUCGGCUAUCUGUAUACAAAGUUAGCCGGCACUUAUUUAGAGUCCCAGAAGAACUCAGUCGUCAACAAAAGGAACAUGCGAUCCCCGAAGCAGAAAGUCUUGGUAAUGAUUUUCACUAUAGUUCUGGUGUUCUGGGCGUGUUUCCUUCCGUUCUGGAUAUGGCAAUUGUUCCCGUUGUACCACAACAAACCGUUAAGCCUAGCCUCUAACACGCGCACCUGUAUUAACUACCUGGUGGCCUGUCUCACCUACACCAACAGCUGCAUUAACCCUUUCCUCUACACCCUCCUCACUAAGAACUAUAGGGAAUACCUGAAGAACAGACACAAGAGCUUCUACCGCUACACGUCGUCGUUUAAGCAGCGUACUCCCAGCUUGUAUUCCUGCGGGAAGUCGGCAUCCUCCUCGAAUCAGUUUGAGUUUAACUCGGAGAUCCUGGUGAUGGGGACUGUGAGGGGACAGUGAGCGUUACAAAGGGAGAGUGUUUUUUUUUAACCGCAACAGGUAACCAGUCUAUCUAUUAUCGUCCCUUUACGAACGAAUAUCAACCCUUUUACGCACCUGUCAAGAGCACACAAGUAAUUUGCUAAGCUUUACAUUGUGAUAUGGCUGGAUAUAUUAUGGUUGCUGUGUUAUGCUAGAAAAAAAGGAAUGUCAGCAACUCUAGUAUGGUGAUUUUAUCAGACACACAAACUAUACAACAUUUUGAUCCUAGUUGGAUCUUUGUCAAGUAAUACACCUAUACAUAGCAGCGGGAAGUAGGGGUGCUACAGCACCCCCUAAAAAAU